AUGGAUGACCCUGCUGUCCGACUGCGAAAGCCAACGAAGAUCAGUCCCAGUAUGGAUGACAUCUUUGACACAAGCUCAUUACCCGAGGAACGGGAGGCAUUACUGAGAGAAGAGCAACAUUUCCAACAUGGCACUGUUGAGGAAAAUGGCUCGAGGCUGCCUGACGCAGACCACUCCGAGAAUCGCCGUAUGUCUCCCGGCAGAUCUGCUCUGUGGGUGGUAAAGACAGUCCUUGGGUGCAGUUACUCAAACCUGCUUCUGCCGUUUGUAUUUCUGGGGAUUACAGCGGGGAACCUAGGGUGGAAUGAUUCCAUUGGUUUUGUGUUCAAUUUCUUGGCUAUCCUUCCCCUGGCAGCAUUACUUUCGUUUGCCACCGAGGAGUUGGCAAAGAGCGUGGGACAAACCGUUGGAGGACUGAUCAAUGCAACAUUUGGAAAUGCCGUGGAAAUGAUCGUGAGUGAUGCCGAAUAUCCAGUCUUGGGUGGGGAAACUAACGUCCCGCUCAUUGCACAGGUGGGGAUUACUGCGGUCAGACAAGGUGAAAUCAGUAUUGUCCAGUCCAGUAUGGUGGGCAGUAUCCUUUCGGGCAAUCUCUUGAUUCUUGGUGUUUCCCUGUUCUGCGGCGGCAUUUCAAAAGAAGCUGUUUCAUUCAAUGUGGAUGUCAGUGGAAUCUUGUCAUCCUUGAUGGUCGUCUCUUCUGCAUCAUUGAUCAUUCCAUCGGUUCUCUAUUCGACUAUAUCAUCCAAGUCGCCCGAUGUGGAGCAGAGCGUGUUGAGUCUGUCCCGUGCCGCGUCGGUUGUACUACUCGCAUUCUACCUCGUCUACCUUUACUUCCAACUAAAGAGUCACAACGAUUUGUUCGUGGAUGAUGAGCCAGCAGAGGAAGAGGAGCAAGUUCUAGGACCAUGGGCUGCGAGCAUUGUCUUGAUACUAGCUACUCUUGGAGUUACUGUUUGCUCCGAUUGCCUCGUUGAGAGCGUGGAUGGCUUUGUAGAGAAAUGGCAUGUGAGUCGGGCGUUUAUUGGUCUGAUCGUUGUUCCAAUCGUCGGCAAUGCCGGAGAGUUUAACACUGUCGUCAAUGCUUCAUUGAAAGGAAACAUGGACCUCGCUAUCGGUGUUGUUGUGGGAAGCACCUUGCAGAUCGCUUUGUUCGUGAGCCCAUUCUUGGUUAUUUGCGGCAUGAUCAUCGGACAGCCCAUGUCCCUGCGGUAUAGCCCAUUUGAGACUGUCGUGUUUUUCUUGUCUGUCAUUGUGAUGGAUUGCUUGAUUCGAGGCGGUCGAUCGAACUACUACGAGGGGUGCUUAUUGGUUGGAACGUAUCUCAUCAUUGCGAUCGCUUUCUACGUGCAUCCUGAUGCAAUCGAAUCGCUAUUGAUGUAA